AUGAAGACUUUCCUUUUCCUCUUAGCUGUUCUCUUCCUCCUGGCCCCAGCCAAGAAUGCAUUUUUUGAUGAGAAAUGCCUCAAACUUAAAGGAAGAUGCGGGAAUUCUUGCUACAAAAAUGAAGAACUCGCUGGUCUCUGCCAGAGGGCUCUGAAGUGCUGUGUGACCAUCGAGCCCUGUGGGCGGAGCGACUAUGAGUGA